GGUUCCGUGUGGCUCAUGAGGUUAGAUUUUGUGUUAGAUUAUCCAAGACCUUUGAUGCCCAACAUCAUUGCAAUUGGAGGAGUAAACUGUGCUCACAAGAAGCUACCUCAGCAUCAAACGUUAUGUUCUUCAGACACGGCCCCAGUGCUUAGCGCUCAUCCACAAGUCACGGCGACGCUGGUUCUGCUCCUGUCCGUGCUCGGUUUGGCUGCUGGUGGGAAGCUGCUGGUGGUGCCGGUGGACGGGAGUCAUUGGCUCAGCAUGCAGGAAGUGUUGGAUGGUCUCAGGCAGAAGGGGCAUGAAGUAGUCGUCGUUGCACCUGAAAUCAGUUUGUACAUAAAGCCAACAAAGAAUUUUGUUAUGAAAACAUACCCGGUCCUUUUCACACAGGAAGAGAUGGAUGGAAAUUUCCAGGCAUUUUUACGAGAUGUACUUGAAGAAGGAUCUUUUCUGGAAAGAUUUCUUAAAGUAUACCAGGGUAUGAAAACUCUCUCUGAUUUGGUAAUCCUCAGCUGUACACAAUUGCUGUACAACAAAGAGCUUGUCAGAUACCUUGAGGAGAGCAAGUUUGAUGCUGUCUUUACAGACCCUGUACUACCCUGCGGGCAGAUACUGGCUGAGCAUCUUUUCCUACCUUCCGUGUUUUUUUUACGAGGAAUACCAUGUGGUUUAGAAUUUGAAGCCACUCAGUGUCCCAAUCCCCCUUCUUAUGUCCCCAGGUUAUUCACAGAGCAUACAGACCGCAUGAACUUUUUCCAGCGGGUGAAGAACCUGAUCUUUGAUGUCCCAAAUUAUUUUCUCUGUGAUUUUUUCUUUCAACCAUACAUAAAACUGGCUUCUAAGUUACUCCAGCGGGAUGUAAUUGUGUUAGAUCUCUUACACAAUGCCUCCAUUUGGCUUCUGCAAUUAGAAUUUGUGUUCCACUGUCAGAGACCAUCGAUGCCUAAUAUGAUCAUAAUUGGAGGACUAAACUGCGCUCACAGGAAGCUAACUCAGAGCUAG